CUCUCUCUCUCUCUCGUCCUUCAUCUCCCCAGCUUUCUCUCUCUCUCAACUCCGGCCAUAGAAGCACGCCUUCCCUCUGUCCUCUGCGGCCGCAGCAACGAUAGCCACCAAGCUCGUCGCAUUUCCCUCGUCUCCCUCUCAAUCCCCUCUCUCUCUGACUCAACCAUAGAGCACGCACGCACACCACACCGCGCCUGAAAAUCCUAGAUCUAUAAUCUACAGCCAUCUCCCCGUCGAUUCCUGUCGACCGCACGGCGGGAAGGCCGCCGCCGUCGCGCCCUAGCUUCAAUUUCCGGCAGCGACGCCUUCGCCGGGACCUCCUGUCCCUGGUUGAACAGCAGAGCCUCCGACGCCAAAAGUAGGAACCCUAAUCGGGUCAACCCGAAACGUGACUACGGUGAAAUGGAGUCCAGAUCCGAAUGCAGCCAGAACACCAAGUCAGGUGGUGCUGGAGCGAUGCUCUGGAUGACAUGUGUUUUUCUAAAUCUGAAGCUUGGCGAUUGCCUUACCAGAUCACCACACAAAGCUAUAUGGUUUGGGCCCUGGUUGGAUCUUCGGCCGCCUUAUUCAUCUUAUUUAUCUUUGGUAUUGCUUCAGCUAACUUUUUCCUUGUAAAGAUAUUUGGAAGGACAAAAUACUUCUUAUAUGGGCUAUGGAUCUUUAACCUAUCAUUUCUUGUGUGUAAUCGCAUUUAUGAGGGAUAUCGGUUCUCUAGUUUUGGAGAACAUUGGGCUUAUAUUAUUUUUGCAGUUGUUUUGCGUAUGAUAAGCUUUGGUCAUGAUUACCAUUGGACUGAUCAAUACAGUGGUUCUGAUCACAAGAAGCAUAUUCAGCGUUGUGACCAUUGUUCAACUGGCAAAACAUGCUACCUAGUCUUACAGGAAAGAAGAGUAACAAAUGACAAGUUCUCAUUUCCCAUAUACUUGUGCUAUUUGGUUUAUGCUCCUCUUUACAUUGCUGGACCAAUCAUUAGCUUCAAUGCAUUUGCUUCGCAGGUAGGUUAUGGAAUAUGGGUUCACCCUAACUUAAAAAGCCUUUAAUUUGCUCAAAAAUAGCACUAAAUCAAUCUAUGUUUUUAUACAUUACAUUCCAGUUGAAUAUUUUACUUGAAUAUCCUUUUUUUUUUACUUGUCUGCAUUGGAGUCCAGGUUACAUAGUGAUUUGUAUUUUAUAUUGAUUUGUCAUUAAAAGGUUCAUUCAUACAAUUCUCCCCAUUGUUAACCAGAAGAGUAGAUCGUGGAUACUCAAAAUGCCCUUUUAGAUUUAAGCAGCAUCUUCACAACAAAACUUGAGAGAGGUUGUUGAGCUGCUGAAACUCAUCAAAGUUGGAGCAUGAAGGUGCUUCUGUGAAGUUUUUUUUUUUUUUUUUUUUUUUUUUUUGAGUUAGGCUCAAAACAUUAUGUAUGAAGGUUUUGGAUGAUAAUGUA